GGCAAGUUAUCUGCAGAUCUAGCUGCAAAAUCACACUAGGUUGAGCAAGGAAUCCAAAUCUACAGGUAUUUUCGCUCAUUUUGUGGGUAUUUUUUAAAGAGAGCCAACAGGGGAAAAAGGAAGAAAAUUUUCUCUAUCCUAUGUUUGUACCAUGGCUUUCUCUCCUCGUCCUCCCCUCUUGCACUAGAUCUGGCUACAAAAUCAUGCUAGGUUGAAAUUCAACAUGCGAUAUCAUGGGACAUGAUUCUGUAAACUUUUUAGCUCCUGGGUUUUGUUUCCACCCCACUAAUGAAAAACUGGUUCACUAUUAUCUGAAGCGCAAGGUUUGUAACAAACCCUUCCGGUUCAACCCCAUCUCCGAGGUUGAUGUCUACAAAUCCAAGCCUUGGGACCUACCUGGCUUGGAGUGGAGAGGCCAUGAUUCCAAAAUAACCUUCUUGUGGGCAUGGCUGAGAAGAAUGUCAGGGAAUGGUAUCCUACUGUCCGUGUUAGUGCAAACCAAAUGGCUUCCCAUGCCUGUUUCAUACUUGAAUAUGGAAUUGAAUCAGUAUGCUUUGCAAACACUUCCCAGCAAUUUUCCACAAGUUCCACCACUUACAGCAUUUGGUCCACACCGCUCCAUGCACGAGUUUUCACUUUAAGAAUAGAUGGCCUGUAUCUUCUUUGUGUUCAUUGCAUAAACAGUAGAUUAAAUCUUGAGCUUGUGAGAUUAUGCCCCUUUUAAAUAGAUUUGCCUUAGUACGGAUUCUGUCAAGAAGUAAUUGCCAUACAAAAGCACAUUCACCUUCAAUGGAAUGUUCUUGUUUCAAACUCUAUCAAACUCAUGUUUGCGAGGAUCAUCAAGAAGGAAUGAAGAACAUUGGCACCC